GACGUCAUGCCGACAUAGAGACGUGGCACGCGGACGGUUAAACGCUCAGAGCAGUUUACGCAACGUCCUCUCGUUCAUUCAGCAGAAGGGAGGUAGGAGGCAGGAAGUCACGGUACCGAACUAAUAACAGCCCAUCUGGACCCGGAGACAUGGCUUCAAAUAACGGCUCGGUCGGAAAAUGGGAGGUGGUGAAGAAAGGCAAGAAAAAUAGCAACAACUCCGGCGGAGGAGGCAAGGUAGCGGCCGACAAGAAAGCCAGCGGAGAAAGGAAAGCCCUGGGCGAAUCUAACCAGCCGUCCAGACCGCCCGUGAAGAUGUCAGAGAGUCUGUAUGACAGCUUGGAGAAGGUGGGAAAGAAGCAGAACAAGGAGCAGGUUCCUCCACCAUCCGAGCCUCAAAACAAGAAGCCCUCAUCAAGUAAACCACCCAAGAAGUCGUAUUCGAGCAAUACAGCCUCUCCCACAACUUACAAAACCCUCGAGGAGGCGUUCAAAGCGCUGGAUGUUGCAGACCUGAAGCAGCAGUUGGCUCGCAGUCAGACCCUGUUUCCAGAAAACCCUUCGGUUUGGAUCAAAGAUCUGGCUGGAUACCUCAACCUCCAUUUAACUGCCCAGGACACGGAGCCCACACUCAGCAGCCACCCUUAUGACUACCCAUACUGCCUUACAGGAAAAGAGCUGAGGGGCGUGAUCAAAGGCCUCAUCGGACGUUGCAGCAGCGCUCUGCCAGAUUUCUUCGACCACUGUGUUUACACUAUGCUCAGGGAGUUGGACAGGCAGUCAGGAGAACCUCUACAUGGCUACAGAGUUUGCAUUCAGGCAGUCCUGCAGGACAAACCCAAAAUAGCCACCCAAAAUCUGCCAGAGUAUUUGGAAAUGUUGCGGUCAGUUCAGAAUCGUCCAGUAAAGUGUUUGACCAUCAUGUGGGCUCUGGGCCAAGCAGGAUUUUAUGAUCUCAGCCAGGGUCUAAGAGUGUGGCUGGGCAUCAUGCUCCCUGUGCUGGGAGUGAAGUCUCUGUCCUCAUAUGCCAUCGCCUAUCUGGAGAGACUUCUCUCACUUCAUUCAAACCUGACAAAAGGAUUUGGUAUUAUGGGUCCGAAAGAGUUCUUUCCUUUGCUCGAUUUUGCUUUCAUGCCAAAGAACGCCCUGUCACCAAGUCUGCAGGAGCAGCUGAGGCGUUUGUAUCCUCGACUGAAGGUCCUCGCAUUUGGUGCCAAGCCAGAGAACACGUUGCACACGUACCUGCCGUCAUUUCUGUCCAGAGCCACGCCACACUGUCCCGACGACAUGAAGAGGGAGCUGCUCAGCAGUAUGACUGAGUGUCUGUGUGUGGAUGUUCAGAGUUUAGGAGUGUGGAGGCAGCUCUACACCAAACACCUACCCCAGUCCAGUUUGCUUUUGAACCACUUAUUAAAGUCCUGGAACAUCCUUCCACCAAAGCUUCGGAAGAACCUCGAGGAAACGAUCCAGUCUUUUAGAGUGACCAACGAAGAAAUGAGAGACACCAUUGAAUCUCAUGACCUUCAGGAGUGCAACAGCCUGUGCCAGAAUCUGCAGGUAAAGAUGCGUGGUCACGGGUUCCCCUGGUCCAAGCUGCUCCUGGUUCUGCUCGUGUUCGUUGCCGGCUUCAUCGCCCACGACGUCAGAUCAAACGGCUCUGUCGCAGAUUCCAUCACAGCCAGGUAUCUGCACUCCUCAGGGAUCACAGCUGUAUCUCAGCAGGCCUGGAGCAAAAUAACAGUCUACUCAAAGCAGGGCUUCAGCUGGUUGGAGACAAACACUCCUUAUUAUUACUCUGAGUGUGUCCGGGUUUUGGGUCCAGUAACGGAACAAGGUUUGGAAAAGGCAAAGUCAGCAGCUGUCUUCAUCUCUGAAAACACCUCACGGUUUAUUGUCUGGGUUAAAGAAACCACACCUCUUGUCAUAGAAUGGGUGAACACCAACACCCCAGAGAGUGUGUUCCAGGCUCUGGCAUAUUUGAAGGAGCUCCUCAUCUUCCUACAUCAAAACUACAUCCUGCCAGCGCUGGCGUACACAUCUAACCUGCUACAGAGAGCAUGGGCCAACUUAGAGGACUCUUGCAAUGGGGAGGUGUCUGUAUCAUGUCUGCAGGGCCACGCCUUGUCCUUUACCAACUCGACGUGGCAGCUUCUCCAACACACGACCUCGGCAAUCAAGACAUGGGCCCAGGAUUUGCUCACUCGAGUGGGAUAACGCAAUACACACACAAUAUGCACACAGGAAGCUAAACACACCAACACACACACUCUGGCCCAGCGUGAGUCUGUCAUGUCCCUUGUGACACAAGUGGAUGCCGCAGGGUCAGAGGGAAACGAGCUCACUCAAAAAAGACCCUUUUUGUCUCUUGUUUUGGUUAAAUUUUAAAAUCAGUUUGGUGUUGUUUAGAUGUUUUUUUUUUUUUCUAUCAGUCUUUUUGUCACUGCUGGAUACGGAGGUUGUACCCUUCUUUCUCUCUCCCUGAGUUUUAUACUGCAAAUUUCAGCCACUGCUUGAGCCUCUGGGUUAGGCAGGUUCUGUAAUUUAUAGAAAAUAUAGGUUUGUAGAUGAUUUAUAAAAGUUUUUAUUUAAAUAUAAUUAAAAAAAAAAGUGUUGUGAAAGUUGGUAAAGGCAGGGAACAUGUCAGAAACGUCUCCAAGCCACUGAAAACCUCAUCAGAUGGUCAAGUCAUCUUUAACACCUGGUCCUGUGUGUGCAAACCCCUUGUCAAACCUAACUAGGGAGUUGUGUCUCCGGGCGGAUUUGCUCGUCCAGAGCACGGUCGUAAACACAGUCUUUUCACAUCAGUCCAGAAGAAAAAAUCUGUGUGUCUUGUCUCUGCUGUUUUGUUUCUGUCCCGUUUUCUAAUGCUUCACCUACCAGCAGAAGCUUCUCACCCGAGCUGCGAGAAGCACCGACAUCAUGUACCUGAAGGUCAAUGCGUUUCUGUGUUUGUGUCUGCGUGGAUCAGUUGUCAUCCUGUAUGCUGUAAUCUGAGAAAUGACAUUUUACUUAACUAACCCCCCAGCCUGUAAACAAGAUGAUAUGGAAGAGACCAAUGUCUUACUUUGUAAUGUAAAUGAUUUGUAAUAAAGACUCCAACCCCA